AUGACAUUCAAGAACAAAGACGAACUAGUCACUUCAUUGCAUAUUGCUUGCUUGAAAAAAGAUUUCAGACUUGCAAAGGUGAUUAAUUCGCGUAGUGUGUAUUGUUUUAAAUGCGCAUAUCCAGAGUGCAAGUGGUGGUUGAGGGCUGUGAAAUUCAAAAGUUCUGACAGAUUUUGUAUUAAAAUUUAUAAAAAGUAUCACACAUGUGGUUCAGAGCAUAUUACGAGUCAUAAUCCACAUGCCACAGCAAAAGUCCUUGGUAAAUACUUCAAAAAUAGUUUUCCUAAUGGUAAAGGUCCAUCUACAAGAGAUAUGACCAAUAAACUCCGUACAGAAUUGGGUUGUAAGGUGAGUUAUUGGAAGAUAUAUAAGGGUAGGGAGAUUGCAAAGUCUUUGGUUAGGGGAACACAUGAGCACGGGUAUGGAGUGCUUGAUGCAUACCGCUAUAUGCUUGAGUCCGCAAAUCCAGGAAGUAAGACGGCAUUGCAGGUUGAUGAAAAUGGAAAGUUCAAGUACUUUUUUGUAGCCUAUGCGGCUUGGAUUCAAGGUUUUCAACAAUUGAGAAAAGUCAUAGCCGUUGAUGGGACAUUCUUGAAGAGCAAGUAUGAAGGAGUUUUACUAUCGGCGGUGGCGCAAGAUGCAGAGAAUCAUAUUUUUCCAGUGGCUUUUUGUGUAGUGGAUAAAGAAUGUGAUGCCUCAUAUCAAUAUUUUUUUGAACAAAUGAGAAGUUAUGUAGAUGAUACCGAUGAGCUGUGCAUAAUUUCUGAUAGGCAUUCAAGUAUUCGAAAGAUGGUUUCAAUUGUGUAUCCAUCAGCUCAUUAUGGUUGUUACAUGAGGCACCUUGGAGAAAAUAUUCGAAACAAUUUUCACAAUGCAAAGGUCGUAUCUCAUUUUUAUAAUGCAGCGAAAGCGUACAAUAAAGUUGAGUUCUAUGACCAUUUCAAUCAGAUAAGGGAUAUGGUACUCAAGGCAGCCGAACAUCUCGAAUCAGUUGGAUUUCAUAGAUGGAGCAGGGCAUUUUGCCCGGAAAAUAGGUAUAAUAUUAUGACCUCAAAUAUUGCUGAAUCCGUGAAUGCAAUGUUUGAAGUUGAAAGAGAAUUUCCUAUCGUCGUUUUAUUUGACGAAAUAAAUAUGAGAUUUGCAAAAUUAUUUCACGAAAGGCGUAUGGAGUUGGUCAACUCACCAAACAUAUUUGUUCCUUCAAUGGAAAAACAAAUAUCAAAGAAUAUCAAUUUGGGAAAUAAGUUAUUGGCCCAUCAAAUAGCCAAUUACAAGUUUAGUAUCAACGGUCAUGGUGAUGUUGCCACGGUCAAUCUUCAAAGAAGAAUGUGCACAUGUAGAGUUUUUGACUUGGACAAAAUACCUUGUCCACAUGCUAUGGCAGCGCUUCGAUCCCAAUAUGGUGAACAUUUUGGAAAUCAGAUCUAUGAGUACUCGUCUUCAUAUUAUUCGGUAGAAAAAUACAUAAUUGCAUAUUGUAAGGAAAUUAAUCCGGUGCCUCCUGAAGGUUCUUGGAUUGUUCCUUUGGAGAUAUUGGAGAGAGAAAUACCUCCUUCAUAUGUUGACCCAAGCAAACCAGGAAGAAGGCGAACGAAGAGGAGGCGUGGAGUCGGGGAAUCAUUUCCAACAAGAAAAAAUAAGUGUUCAAUAUGUAAAAAUAUUGGACACAAGAGAACAACAUGCCCGGUUCGAAAUGCUACAUAA